CAGGCGUGCUGUAUGCAGGUUGCUGAUAAUUAGGGAAAGCAGAGAAAGGAAGGACAGGUGAUCCAGGGCUUCAUAAAUUAUGUGUCAAUUCCCUGAGUGCUAAAAUCAUGGCUGUUGAAGCUAUUCAUUGCAACCGGAACGCAAAUAAUAUUGAUCAUCCUGUCGGCACGGACAACAUCAACCUGAACAUCAAAGGUGAAAAUUCUCAGUCGCCCUCUUUUAAGGACGCUUCAAAAGUUCCCGAGCCCAAAGAAACUUCCAAAAAACUGCAAACCGAGCCAGAUGCACCCAAGCCCAGUGUGAAAGGAACUAAACCCGUAGCCUUUUGGACGCAGCAUGACGUGUGCAAGUGGCUGAAGAAGCACUGUCCGAAUCAGUAUCAGCUCUACAAGGAGUCUUUCAAGGAGCACGAUAUAACCGGCCGUGCUUUAAUGAGGCUGACAGACAAAAAGUUAGAACGAAUGGGCAUCGCACAGGAAAGCCAACGGCAACAUGUUUUACAGCAAGUCCUGCAACUUAAAGUACGAGAAGAGGUAAAGAAUCUCCAGUUACUCACACAAGGCUACUGAUGGUAAAACAAGUGGAAUGACCUCAUAUCUUCAGGGGAUCUCGGAUCAGUCCUCGCGUCUUCGAAGCUUCCUCGGCCACUUACUGGAUAAGUUCACGCAUCAGUUCCUUCUACUGAUGGAGCCAAAUUGCACCGUAUCCAGAGCUUCCAUUUUUA